AUGUGGGUGGAGCCUUUGAAGGCAUUUGUAAAGGAUGUGCAUGAAGAUUCAAUAACAGUUGCAUUUGAAAACAACUGGCAACCAGAGAGACAAAUACCAUUCCAUGAUGUGAGGUUUCCACCACCUGCGGGCUAUAAUAAAGACAUAAAUGAAAGUGAUGAAGUAGAGGUUUAUUCCAGGGCAAAUGAAAAAGAACCCUGCUGUUGGUGGUUGGCUAAAGUGAGAAUGAUAAAGGGUGAGUUCUACGUAAUAGAAUAUGCAGCCUGUGAUGCUACCUACAACGAAAUUGUCACAAUUGAGCGUUUGAGGUCUGUGAACCCCAAUAAACCCGCAACAAAAGAUACUUUUCAUAAAAUCAAGCUGGCAGUUCCAGAAGAUUUGAGGCAAAUGUGUGCCAAAGAAUCUGCACAUAAGGACUUCAAAAAGGCAGUUGGAGCUUUUUCUGUAACAUAUGAUUCUGAAAACCACCAGCUUAUUAUUUUGUCAAUUAAUGAUGUAACAACAAAGCGGGCAAAUAUGCUGAUUGAUAUGCACUUUCGAAGUCUUCGUACCAAGUUAUCCCUGAUCCUGAGAAAUGAAGAAGCGAGCAAGCAGCUGGAGAGUUCUAGACAACUUGCGUCACGAUUUCAUGAACAGUUUGUUGUACGUGAAGACCUAAUGGGUCUGGCCAUUGGCACUCAUGGUGCUAAUAUUCAGCAAGCCAGAAAAGUCCCUGGAGUAACUGCUAUUGAUCUUGAUGAGGAUACUUGCACAUUCCAUAUUUAUGGAGAGGAUCAAGAUGCAGUGAAAAAGGCAAGAAGUUACCUUGAAUUUGCUGAAGACGUCAUACAAGUUCCCAGAAAUUUAGUAGGAAAAGUAAUAGGAAAAAAUGGAAAACUGAUUCAGGAGAUAGUGGACAAAUCUGGUGUUGUAAGAGUGAGAAUUGAGGCUGAAAAUGAUAAAAAUAUUCCACAAGAAGAGCUUUUAAAGAUAAACUUGAAAGGUUUUUUUACCUGCCAAGUUUGCAUUCAUACUUCUGUCUUGCCUGUUAAUGACAUUGCUAACACAGGCAUUGCUUGUACUGCUUCACGUGUUAGUUGUGUCAUGCCAGGAGCAGCACAGAAAAUUGAGAUCAGAUCUUGGCAGGGAAUGGUACCAUUUGUGUUUGUGGGAACCAAGGAUAGCAUCACUAAUGCAACUGUUCUUCUGGAUUAUCAUCUUAAUUAUUUAAAGGAAGUGGACCAGCUGCGUUUGGAAAGAUUGCAAAUUGAUGAGCAGCUUCGACAGAUUGGAGCUACUUCUAGGCCACUACCAAACCGUACAGAUAAGGAAAAAGGGUACAUGACUGAUGACGGUCCAGGACUCGGACGCGGUAGUCGACCUUACAGAAACAGAGGGCAUAGUAGACGUGGUCCAGGUUAUGCUUCAGGAACUAAUUCUGAAGCAUCAAAUGCUUCUGAAACAGAAUCUGAUCACAGAGAUGAACUUAGCGACUGGUCAGCAGCCCCAGCAGAAGAGGAGCGAGACAACUACCUUCGUAGAGGAGAUGGACGGAGACGUGGAGGUGGUGCAAGAGGGCAAGGAGGGAGGGGGCGUGGAGGAUUUAAAGGAAAUGAUGAACAGUCACGAACAGAUAACCGUCAGCGUAACUCCAGAGAUGCAAAAGGGAGAACAGCAGAUGGAUCUCUUGAGAUCAGAAUUGACUGCAAUAAUGAAAGGAGUGUCCACACUAAAACAUUACAGAAUACCUCCAAUGAAGGUAGUCGGCUGCGCACGGGUAAAGAACGUAAUCAGAAGAAAGAGAAAACGGACAGCGCAGAUGGUCAACAGCCGCUGGUGAAUGGCGUCCCCUAAACUGCAGAAUCCUGAAGUCAUAUUUCCUAUACUGUUUCAGUAAUUCCUAUUCCAUGUUAGAGAAACUUGUUAGGCCAAAGACAAAUAGUAGGCAAGAUGGCGCAGGGCAUGAAAUGAACAUAUGUUCUCUGUUAGCCUUUUUUAACAUCAACAGUAUGCAGUUGUUUUCAGAAUAAGAAGUUAUUCAAAUAUUUGCAUAAAAAUAUCUGAACUUCUGAAAAUCGCUUUCAAGUACAUAUUGCAGUUCAAACAAUGAAAGAUUCUUUUUUGUUUGUUUUAAAAAUACUGAGCUGUGCAUUGGUAAACUUUCUGUUCAGUUGUACCAUUUUAACACAUCGGGUCAAAUUCACUGCUCAAUUUCAAUUUUCAGAAUAAAUAGUGUUUGCAGUAAUCAAAUUGGCUUCUGUUUUCAAUCUAACUUACCAGUUCUUCAUGAAAUGCUAUGUCGUUUUAUGUCCUGUGUCAGUUCACAUUCUGGUCCACCUUUUUCAAUAUUUUAGUGGACCCUGAAAUAUGUGUGAUGUAACAAUUGUCAUUUUCAUUAGCAAAAAAGUUGUAUGAUCUGUGCCUUUUUUAUAUCUUGGCAGGUAGGAAUAUUAUAUUUGGAUGCAGAAAUCAGGGAAGAUGAGUUGGUAACACUAAAUGUAAAAUAUAUGUAGCAAUCCUUGUCAGACGUUAGUACUUUAUAGACAAGUGCAUGCUUUCCAUAAUUUUUCCUUACAUAAACAUUGAGUUAGGCAGUUAUAAGAAUAGGAAA